AUGGUCGAUGACAAAAGUUGUGAGUAUGCGCCGACCAUCGGAGACAGUAUCGGCGACGCCCGGCCCCAGAAGCAUCGCCCGAGCCCGGGGACUCCGGUCAAGAAACCGACAGAAUCUCUAGUUAGCCAACCGAUCACGGCCGGUCUUUUUCCCGAUCGCCUUCACCUUCCUCCCACCCAUUGGUGCUUCACGGCAACCUUCGAGCUAGGCGCUGAACCACAGUACCCCAAGACACCUCCACCCUUGGAAAUGUUGCUUGCUUAUGACCGUCUCAUCAAUCCACAAGACGCAAGACCGAAACCUAUAAGUUGUCUCACGGGCAGACCCAUGACUUCCUGGACCGAAAACACUUCCCACACGAUCGGCGGAUGCAAUGUGCCUCAACGGCCCCGGCUGGGACAGGGUAGUCUCCCGCGUUACAUUCUCGCUUCGAUGCCCGAAGACCUUGCACCGUCGGCAUUCUCGCAAAUCCCCAGAAACCCCAUGCCCAAAGGAAACAUCAAGGGCGUCUCCCGCCGAACCAACCCCGCGCGCCUGUCUCUCACCACCCUGGUCUCGGCGCCUAGAAUGCAGUGUGAUUGUCUGGCUGAUUGGCCCAGCCUGCAACCUUUCACAAUCUAUUUUCGUCUACCCAUUUCGACCACCACCAUCCUUUCCCCCCUUCCGGCAGCCCCUCCAUCCUCUCUUUGGCUUCACGGUUCACCCACUCACCGCGGCCCGUCUGUCGAGAAGCCCAGCGCUUACACUGGCCUUCCCGUGGGUGACCUGCCGCCCUGUACCACGCGCAAUAGUGCCGCUUCGUAUGUUUACACGGCUUUUCUCUUCCUUUCAUCUGUGCUGUCUACCUACAGCUGGACUACCUGUUCUUCAUUCCUUUCAGGCCACUCCCCCCUACCCCCAUAUUUCGUGACCAGACUUGAAUAUCAUUAA